AGCCCGGCUCGGCGGGGCUCGGCUCCCCGCGCCGCCAUGGGGCUGCUGCUCUGGCUGGCCGUGCAGCUCGGGGCGGGCUGGGCGGCCCACCUGGUGUCCGUGGAUGUCCGGCGAGCCGAGCGGCCCCUGCAGCACUUUUGGAGGAGCACUGGCUUCUGCCCUCCACUACCACACAGCCGUGCUGAACUGUUUGACCUGAGCAAAGACCAAGAGCUGAACCUUGCCUAUAUUUCUUCUGUUCCACAUGGUGGCAUUGAGCAAGUUCGGAUUCACUGGCUACUGGAAUUAGUUGCUGUCAGAGUGAUUAAUGGGAAACUUCACUACAACUUUACUGCUUUGGAUAACUUCAUGGAUCGUCUGUGGGAAAAUAAGCUAAUUCCAGGAUUUGAAUUGAUGGGGAAUCCAUCAGGAUAUUUUUUAGAUUUUGAAGAUAAAGAGCAAGUAGUAAGAUGGAGAGACUUAAUUACACUUGUCGCCAGCAGAUACAUAGAUAGGUACGGACUGGACCAUGUUGCUAAAUGGAAUUUUGAAACGUGGAAUGAACCAGACCACCAUGACUUUGACAAUGUGUCUAUGACAGUGAAUGGAUUUCUCAACUAUUAUGAUGCUUGCUCAGAAGGAUUAAGGGCAGCCAGUCCUCUGCUAAAAUUUGGAGGGCCUGGAGAUUCCUUCCACCCCUUACCCAAAUCACCUAUAUGCUGGAGUCUUCUGUGUCAUUGCUACAAUGGAACCAACUUCUUCACAAAGGAGACUGGUGUAAGGCUGGACUACAUCUCUCUCCAUAAGAAGGGAGGUGGGAGUUCUCUCUAUAUCUUGCAACAAGAAGUAGAAGCAGUUGAACAAAUUCAGAAGCUGUUUCCAAAUUUUGCUUCUGUUGCCAUAUACAAUGAUGAAGCAGAUCCAAUGGUUGGAUGGUCCAUUCCACAACUGUGGCGAGCCGAUGUGACCUAUGCAGCUAUGGUUGUAAAGGUAAUCAUUCAGCAUCAAACCCUGCUCAUUUCCAGAGCCAACAACACUAUCAACUACACACUGCUGAGUAAUGACAAUGCCUUCUUGAGCUACCACCCCCAUUACUUCACACAGCGGACCCUGACAGCACGUUUUCAGAUGAACAAUACGAAGCCACCUCAUGUCCAGAUGGUGCGGAAACCAGUGCUGACUGUCAUGGGCUUGCUGGCACUGCUAGGAGAAAAGCAGGUUUUUGCAGAAGUAAACAGCAGUGAAGGUGAAAGCACUCAAAACAGCGCAAUUGGUGUCCUGGCAUCUGUGCACACCCCAAGUAAGAUGCAACCCUCAGACAGCUGGCAAGCUACUCUACUGCUGUAUUCAAGUGAGGAUAACAGAACUUCUUCCAACAUCAGCACUGUCACAGUGAAUGCCACCCACUUCCCCAAACUUAGAGAGCUGGCAUAUGUGACAUAUUACCUGGAUAACAACCAAACCAACCCCUUCCUGAAGUGGAAAAAUCUUGGAAGCCCUGACUUUCCUUCCCCAGAAGAGUUCCAGCAAAUAAGGGAUGCUGAGGACCCGGUGGCAACAGGCCCAUUCCCAUUGCCUGAAGGUGGCAUCCUGACACUGAAGCAAGACUUGCCUGUUCCCUCAGUCUUUCUUAUCCACAUCUGUGCAAGACCCAGAUCUGUUCCUGAUCAAGUGACGGGUGUUCGCUUGAUCCCUCUCACAAAGGGGCAGGUCAUUGUGCUGUGGGAUGAUGGCUGUGUAAAUUCAAAAUGUAUAAAGACAUUUGAAGUGGAGUUCUCACCAGAUGGAAAAGCAUACCAGCGGAUUAAUGCCAAAGACACAAUAUUCACUCUCUGGGUCUACAGUCCAGGAAGGUCAGUCUCUGGCUUCUACAGAGUGCGUGCCAUUGACUACUGGGGGAAAGCAGGCCUGUCCUCUCUUCCUGUGGAGUAUGUUGAAGCUUUCACGCGACUGUGAAGAGUGGUGCCUGACUCGGUGAAUGCUCCCUGCAAAUCACAACUCCCCUGAAAAAUAAACUCCUCCCAGGCUGAGGAGGGAGUAUUGAAAGGACUUCAUUAAGCAAGUUAGGAAUGCAACUUAGAAGCAACUGCCCCUGUUAACUCUUCAGAGCUCUAAAGGCCACGUUAUCAAACAGCCACAACUUACAAGCCAACUGGAAAAACUGUAAGAGGCUGCCAUAGGACUGGGAUUCAGCUUGGUAGCUAGGGAUUAUGGGAACAAAUAUUUAUUAUUCCCUGGUUUAUGCUGAGCUAAUGGCCAAGACAACCAAAGAUGUAUCAAGGUCACAAAUGGCAGCAGGAACAGGACCAUCACUUUACUCUGUAAGUAAGGAUGGCAGCAAAAGCAUAAGGAGGACCUCUCUGAGAGUGAACUGGUGGCCUGAGCUUCCAGGCUUACUUGACACAAUGGUUGGAUGAAAAAGCACACAGCAACUAGAUGCGUUUGGAGCAUGAAGUGAAAGAUCCCUGCUUUCCCACUGGCUAGUCACACAUGCUUCAGUGGGCUAUUUCAGAGCAGUUGCCAUGUUUUCAAAUGUAUGGGGUUCCUCACCCUCUCACAGAGAGGUUUCCAUCAGCUCUCUCUGCAUGUAUGGCUGUUAUUUGAAUGGCAGAACUGUUCCCCUAACACAGGAGGGGGUAGCUGCUUGUUCUCAAAGGGGAAGGCAGGAAAUUCCAGUCUCCAGGCUUCUUGCCUUCUCUGCUUUCUGCUUUUGCCUAGGUCACCUGUUGGCACUGGUGCCAUCAGCUGCUGCCUUUUUGUGGUGGAGGAUCUAACCCUGAAAGCCCCUCUUUCUCUCCACUGCUGUCACCUAGCCUGGCCUUCUACAGCCCUUAGAGCUAACGUCUCUCCCAACUGUGCCUCUCUUCUCAGACAGUAAGGGACCUGUGGCUUGGCUUUGGGUGGCCAGGAGAAAGCUGAAAUGCUAGUUAGAACCUUUUGUAUUUUCAUAUGACAGGACAGCAAGCUCUUGAAUGUAACAGGGCUGCCACUGACAAUCGGUUAGGAAAUUACCAAGAACAGUUUGAACUUACGUGCUUUGCAAAGCAUGUAUAGAAGUGUGUGAUAUCCCAGAUCAUGGGGCUGCAGAACACCUCUGGCUGCCCUUGCAGCUGCCAAACACUUUAUGUAACAGCAAAGUUGCCUGAAAUUGCAGGGGUGUAUUUUCACUCUUCCCUUUUCACAACUGGCACAGUUUGAACUAUGCCUUUAAAAUGCUUGUAGAGGGAAGGAUAAUGCCAGUGAAAACAUCUGGAGUGUUUUCUGUAAGAGGAGCAGCUUUUCACAUAAACAAAUCCCCUACUGCUGUCUUUGCUGACAUCAGCCACCUUCCCAACAUAACAACAAAGACUGUGUAUUUGAUGAAGCAUUCAGUUCUCAGACAAAAAUAAACCAAACAGUAGGAGAGGGCUGAACUACCUCAAAUGGCCUCGCUUUUACAGCACAGAAAAAAAACAAAUACAAAAAACCAGUAUAUAUUAGGUGAGGUUUUGUAUUUCCUUACCUUCUGGUUACUUGGUCAUGUGCUUAUGCUGAAAGCCUUAAAGAUUCGUUUUGCUGCAGAAUUCAGAUGGAGUAUUUCUUGCCUCACUCAAGUUUGGUUAAGGAGCACUUCACAUGCUAAUCUGCCAAUUCCUCAUCCAUAAGGGCUUGUGCAGAACAGAAAAUGGCCAUUGGAGACUACUUAAUUGAUAACUUUUUCAGUUCCAAAAAGUUAAUGAGAAGUUCUACUUGGAUGAAGAUGGUAAAUACGUAUUUCAAAGUUGUUACAGUUGCCCCUAAGAGAAGAAUCAGAACAUGCAGUGAAAUAAAAUCGAGCAGUUAGGACAUACUGUUUUGCAGGUAUGAAGUGGAACCACAGAAAACAUGACUAUUUCAGAAAAAUUCAAGUAUAGUCUCUUGAGGGGACUUCAGUGUGUCUGAAGCAGGGGAAGAUACAAGAGUUUGGGGGACAUGUUACCCUGUUAGGAUGCCCUAUUUGAGUAGCCUCUGCUUUAAAAAUUUCCCACACUGACAAUCAGAAUCCAGCAGUCUUCAUCAAACCAAGGACUGUUCACUAGUUACAGGUGUUGGAAAAAAAACUAAUCAUACCUUUUGUGAAGACUGUUGAUUUUCCCAUGCAGGCAUAUAGUAGAAAAUGUGAAGGUGUGCAAAUAAUGAAAAAUAGAAGAGCAAAAAUCACUGCCUUAUUUUAUUUAGUAGACAAAUUAUACCUCACACAAGUGAGGUCAGUAAUGGCAUGUAUGAGGCAAAUGAUGCAGAACCCAUGAGUCCUGGUGGAAGGUUUGGCUUUUGCUAAGGUGCAGAACAGAGAAUGGUGGUUCAUGUGCUUUUCCCCUGGAUUGAAGUCUGUCCCUAUGACAAUUGGGUUCCUUUAGGGCGACUUAACAUCUUUCAGAAAGUUCAAGGCUGGGAGUUCUGCUGGCCCAGGAUUUGUGCUUUUCAGCAGUGACAGAUAUAAGGCUUGCAGAUGCCUCUUUGAAGUGGUUUGUAAUCCUCAUGCUUACUUUUGUUGUCUUGUUAAAAAGCAAACUAAGAGUGCUGUUUUCUCUAAAGUUUCAAGGUUAAAUUUCAUACCUUGUUGUAUUGCUUACUGAAGCCCCAGAAAAGCAGAAAUUCUGUUUGCAAGGGCAGAGCUUAUCAAUUAGAUGCAAAUAAAAUCCAGUUUCUUAGAGUGAAGUCCAUCCACUUGGAAAAUCUGUCACUGGGUCACAUUUUGAGGGCUUCUACAUGAAACAUCAUACAAAGUGUGGAAGAAUCAGUGCUUUUUCAGGUGUUUUCCUGACAGUGGGAAAUAUGCAUAGCAAGCAGAGCUGACUGAAAAUGGUCCACUGACUGUGCAGAAACAAGUAAUACUCGGCAAGAUUUUUUUCUUCUUCUUCUUUGCUGCUUUGGUAUAAACUUACUCCUUUAAGCAAUAAGCAAGUAUAAACAAUUGCAGCGGACACCAGAAUUUGAUAUUUCCAGACUUGAAUUCAUUUCUAAAAAGUAUACAAGUUUUUUUGGGGGAUUUUGCCCUUGUCUUUUUUAUAAUGUAAUGUCUAUAGAUGAAUGCUAUUUAAUAAUUGAAACUUGAGUUUUCUAUAACCAUCUGUUACUGACUGUCUGAUUGCACAACUUCAUGUUUAACUCUACCAUCUCCUCUGUACGGGGCAGUGAUCAGCCUUCCCCCUCAGUUUUGAGAGUGCCACAUGUGCAUAGAUCUAAGUGGGAGUAGCAGAUGCUUAGUAGUUCUGUAGCAUCAGAAUGAAAGCAAGACUGCAGAGCACUUAGGUGUGUCUUGCUGACCAUAAAUCCAAGUUAGAAAAUCUAACUGCAACUGCAAGAUGAGAUUGUUUGCCUGCACUUCAAACACAAGUUUCUGAGGCUGUGUAACAGUUUAGCAACUGUUAAAAUGAAUGUGAGGGUAAAACCUUUAAAAGGAGUUUUUUUAUAUUGUCUGUGUAUGUCCUUUGUUACCAUGUUUAUGCUACCCAAUAAAACCAGUUUUUAAUCUUUCACAUAAA